GCUUCAUCACUCUCUCUCAUCUCGGACCCUCUAGCUGUUUGUAGAAAACUCCCCUUGUUUAAUUCUUCCCCAAAGAAGCAUUUUUUGUUGUUUGUUGAAAUUAAGAAAAGGAAAUAAAAAUGGGAGCAGCCACCUGCGUGGAAAUCAUCUUGGCCAUCUUCCUGCCUCCCCUCGGUGUCUUCUUCAAGUACGGUUGCAAGUUGGAGUUUUGGAUCUGUCUGCUGCUGACCAUAUUGGGGUUCAUCCCUGGAAUUCUCUAUGCUCUCUAUGUCCUCACCAAGUGAACAAACCCCUGAGGUGAAGAUUUGAGGUCCGAUUGAGAAGGACCUCAUUUCCGGCCAAUGGAGGCGAUGGCUCUCUAAAGGUUCUCAUGCGGUUUUCAUUUCGUUUUUUUCUUUUUCUUCUUUUUAUUUUUUUAUUUUUUAUGUAUCUGGAUUAAUAAGGGACGGGCAUAGUACUGGUGAUUUGAUGUUGUGGUUAUUGUUCUCUGAUCACGGUUUGUCAAUGUCGGCUCAUGGUGUUGUCUCUAGCUUAAAAGUUAAUGGAAUUUGUUCCCUAGUGCUUUUGAUUA